ACGCUCAGAACAUUCGAUCGGAGCGCGUUCGCGUGCUGUACAUUCCGACGCGACAGCGAUCCUCGUGCUGCCGUGAUCACGGAAGUCCGAGCAAGUCCGAGUCGCCAAAUCGCCUGAAGACACUCGAAGGACUUGGCGACUUCCUUCGCUAACAGGAGGACAUUUUCGACCGAUCUUGCGCGGUGUGUGCUUGUGUCUGUGUCAGUGCGGGCCUUUGUGUUUGCGGUGAGGGCGUGUGUGUUUAUGGAGUGCAUUUCCGGUCCUUUAGUGGAGUAGGAAAUCGGUUUACAAGGGACCACUAGCAACGACGGCUAACCCGAAUCGAGGGGCCGAAACUGGAAUAGCAUGAUCCGGCCCACGGUCCCCAUGCUCUUGGGGGGCCUGGGAACUAAGGAUACCAGCAGGAUGGCCCACGCCGGGCUGGGUCUGGCGCUACUACUUCUAACCCAACUCCAUCUACUACACCCGUCAGCGGCUGCGACUUGCAAUCAGACGGUGUGUGAUUGUGAUGGACUUAAAGGCACUCCCGGGCAGAUUGGACCACAUGGCGUACCUGGGAUGGGCGGUGAUCCAGGAGACGUAGGAUUCGAUGGACCGUAUGGCCCCCGUGGCGAACCGGGGAAUCCUGGAGAAGUGGGCACGACCGGUCCGAAGGGCUAUCGCGGGGACGUAGGAGAACGAGGCCCGAUGGGAGCGUUCGGUUAUGGUGGGCUUCCCGGUGAGCCAGGCUUCCGUGGUCCGUACGGUAUCGAUGGCUGCAACGGUACGGACGGAGCGAUGGGUUCCCCCGGAUAUCCUGGGCCACCCGGUCCAAGAGGUCCGCAGGGACCACCGGGGGCGCAAGGAUAUCGGGGAGAUUCCGGCGAAGGUGGUAUCAACUCGAAGGGAACCAAAGGAGAGAAAGGAGUGGGCGGAAUUCCGGGUCAGCCCGGUAUGCGUGGGUUCGCUGGUGAGCGAGGUCCUCGCGGAUACGAUGGCAUUCCCGGUGCGCCAGGAGAAGAUGGCCGGUAUGGUUUGAAGGGAGACCAGGGCGAACCAGGCCCGACGUUUUGCCCCGGGGAGCCAGGCGAACCAGGUGCUCCAUUCUACUCGCUGUACGCCAAAAACGGAACAGUCAACAUCGGUGUGAAGGGCCAACCAGGGGUGCCUGGUGCCGACGGACUGCCUGGACCUCACGGGAUGAAGGGAGAUUCCGGUAUGCAAGGUGAACGAGGUCCGAAAGGAUUCAAGGGCGAGGAAGGGGCCAUCGGAGAUCGUGGAAAGCAGGGGAAGGAAGGUCCACCCGGAGCGACCGGAGAAAAAGGCGAAAAAGGAGCGCCAGGGUAUGCCGGGCGUGAUGGCGAGGACGGUGAUAAAGGGCUGAUGGGAGAUGACGGGGUGCCAGGGCGACCAGGACAACAAGGACCACCGGGGGCGAAGGGCGAGUACCGACCGGAACUGGCACCGAUCGUGAUUGGACCGCAAGGACCUCAAGGCGAUAUUGGACCGCCGGGAAGACCAGGAAUGGCCGGAAUACCCGGUAUGAAGGGACGCCGUGGACCGAUGGGACCAGCGGGGCCACCGGGAGAUCCUGGACUGGAUGGAGCACGCGGCAAGAUGGGCAUCUCGAUCCAUGGCCAACGUGGUGACGACGGUGAAAGUGGUCCACGAGGUUUGAUCGGAGCGCGUGGAAUGCCUGGCAAUACGGGUCCGAAAGGCCAACACGGUUUCCCGGGGCGCAACAUCCAAGGACCGAGCGGAGAACCAGGAACUCCCGGACUGAACGGAGAGUACGGCCAGAGCGGAGAUCAAGGCGACGAUGGAGAACCAGGUGAUAAAGGAUUGCCGGGGAUUGGUUACAACAUCACUGGCCCACCCGGUCCAGCGGGUUUCCCAGGCCGUGCAGGCCCACCCGGAGACUUGGGUUUCGAUGGGUACGCCGGCCAGAAAGGAGACAAAGGAUUCCGCGGCGAUGACUGUGGCACAUGUCCUCCCGGGCCGAAAGGAGGGAAAGGAGAUGCUGGGGAUAUCGGGCAACCCGGACUGGAUGGGUUCGAUGGACGCCGAGGGCUACCAGGACCACGUGGCAUCAAGGGCAUCUACGGAAAGUCGGGAGUGCGCGGUGAAAAGGGCCGUAAAGGUGAAAGCGGAGACUCUGGUGAGGCCGGAAGACCGGGAGAACCGGGACCGCCUGGAAGGUUGAUCGAUAGUCUUAGCCAGCGGCGGGCCGAUUCUGGGGAUGACGGCACCUUUGGGCCACGCGGCGAGCAAGGAGAAACGGGGGCUCCUGGAGAUAUCGGGCCGAUGGGUUACGAUGGAAGAUCCGGUGAACCGGGAGAGUACGGAGAUGAUGGUGAACCGGGGCGUCCCGGAGAUGACGGCCUACCCGGAAUGUCUGGGCGUGAUGGAUUACCUGGUCGCGAUGCCGUCGUCAAUCAGUACAACGAAUGGUCCAUUCGCGGUGUACCCGGAGCUCCUGGUGAUCCUGGACCGAAGGGAGAGCGUGGAGACCAGGGCGAUC